AUGACUCCUGCACCAGGUCCUGGUCCUGAGGGCAGCCACGGCUCCACCAGGCCCCGGGGUCAGAGCUUAGGCUCUACUCUGAGCUCCAGGACCAGAAUCACGACUUCCAGAAGCAAGCGUAGGAACAGCCAGCCAGAGGAGCCAGAGGCCUUGUUGGACCUGAUCCUGGAGUGUCAGGGUCAGAGACUGGAGGACCAGAGAGCCAGCCUUAGCCUGUUGCCUGACCCAGGACCAGCUGCUCUCUGUGGAGCCUGCAGCCCAGAGCAGCCCACCUUGCCCAGUCUGGACUUUUACUACAUGCUCAUACGCUACCAGUCUGACAGGAUGGAGGACCAGAGGUGCCCCCUUCCUGAUCUGGAUGAUGUGGUCGCUUCGGUUCCUGAAGGUCAGCAGGAUUUCUUCAGUUUGGUUCAGAGAGUUCAGUCCAGGAGGAUGGACGAACAGAGAGCCGACCAUGACGGAGGCAUCAACACGCACACAGCUGGAUGCCCCCCCCAUCAUCAUCAUCAUCAGUGA